AUGGUUGCCUCGAAUGAUAGUUGCGUUUGUGAUGUUGUCGUGAAAAUUUCUUUUGAUUUUGGAAAUAGGUCAGCCACAGUUGUUAUUGUUAAUUUUGUAGAAGAUGUUGAAUCAUUCGUAGUAGAUGUUGAAUCAUACGUAGUAGAUUUUGAAUCAUACGUAGUAGAUGUUGAAUCAUACGUAGUAGAUGUUGAAUCAUACAUAGUAGAUGUUGAAUCAUACGUAGUAGAUGUUGAAUCAUUCGUAGUAGAUGUUGAAUCAUACGUAGUAGAUGUUGAAUCAUACGUAGUAGAUUUUGAAUCAUACGUAGUAGAUGUUGAAUCAUACGUAGUAGAUGAUGAAUCAUUCGUAGUAGAUUUUGAAUCAUUCGUAGUAGAUGUUGAUCAUACGUCGUAA